AUGGCCGGGGCCCCCGCCGCCCGUUGGCCUCGACCGCACUUCAGCACGCCCCGAUCUCCACUGCCGCAGCUGGUCGCCAGCCAGGCCGUGCAGAGCUGGUCGCCCAGCUGCAAGGAGGGGGGGGGGGGGGGUGCCACCGCGUCCGCCAGGAGCUGCGCGCACAUGGAAGGCGCGGCCGUGAGCCUGCGCGCCUGCCUCCUGGACGGCCUGGCCGUUGUUGCGACGCGCUACGCGAGGCUCCGGCGCCCGCCACUUCCGCGCUCGGCGCACGUGCCUGGCCGGCGGCGCCGCGGGCGGCGAGGCUGCCACCAAGCAUCCGGCCGCCCAAGCCCCGCGGGGCCCGCCCGGCGACGCGGCCUGGGGCCUGCGCCCGUCGCCCCGGGGCGCCCCCACGCGGGGAAGUCAGAGAGCUCGGGGACCUGGGCGUGUCUGAGGGCCCGGGAGGGAGCGCGGGGGUGCGGCGUGCAGGACGGCGCUGUGGCCCGAGACUGGCCGCGCCGCCCUGCGGAGACCCAGCCGGGUGGGGGCACAGCUGCGGGGCGGACACCCCAUCUCUGCCCCUGGGGCCUCCCCUACGCGGCCGAGCGACGCGCUGGCCCGGAGUCCAGAGGUCGGAGCGGGAAGGGCCGCCGGGCCUGCAGGCGGCGCCGGGACCGACCUCGCGGCAGCCCGGGGCGCGGGCCUGUACAGUGGGAAGCGGGCCUGAACGGUGGGGCGCGGGCGUGUACAUCCGGCACGGGGCGCGGGCCUGUACAGUGGGACGCAGGCCUGUACGGCGGGGCGUGGGCCUUUACAUCCGGGCACGGGGCGCGGGCCUGUACAGUGGGAAGCAGGCCUGAACGGUGGGGCGCGGGCGUGUACAUCCGGGCGCGGGCCUUUACAUCCGGGCACGGGGCGCAGGCCUGUACAUCCGGGCUCGGGCCUUUACAUCCGGGCACGGGGCGCAGGCCUGUACAUCCGGGCGCGGGCCUGUACAGUGGGGCGCGGCCGGGGGUCCGCCCGCCCGGUCCAGAGCGGACUGGGGACUGGGCCCCACUCCCGCUCCCCCGCGGCCUGGCCUCGGCCCCACGCGGCGCCCACACAGCAGGCGCCCGGGAGCGCCAGGGCGAGAGGGCUAGGGUUGGCUUUCACAGGGCGGCCCAGGGCUCACUGGAAAGAAGGCGAUCCUCCGACGUCGUGGCUUAUGCAGAGCUCAUGCGGAGGACUUGGGCCGAAAGAGCUGAGGCACCAAGGGACAGUGAGGCUGUUUCUUCCCCAGAGCUGAGGCACCGAGGGACAGUGAGGCCUGCCCGGCUUCAGUCUCGAGGCACCAAGAACCCACGAAGCCUUCCUGCUUUCAGAUCUCAGUCCCUGAGGUUGCCAAAGCUAGGUACAGAGUUGGAGGAGAAGAAACUGCCCGAUGGAACACCUGGAGCGGAGGAUGGCUAUGAAGGGAAAAAGUCUACUUGUUGUGUGAGCCACUCCUGCCACAAGGAAUCUGAGCCGGAGUCUGCAGGAGCUUUGUCACUGAACCCACACUGCAGUCCCUUGGCGACAGACGCACGCUGGUCUGCUGAGAGCGGCACCGGGGCUGGAGCUCCCAGAGGGACAGGACUAUCCGUGCUCUGUCCACUUAGCUUUGGAUACCUCCCGCCUUUGGCUGUCGGAUUGGAGGAAAUUGUCUUUGACAAUGUAUUGGAGGAAAUUGUCUUUGGCUUUGAACCUUGGAUAAUUGUGGUCAACCUGGCCAUGCCUUUUUCUGUUUUCUACCGAAUGCAUGCAGCUGCCUCCCUCUUUGAGGUCUAUUGUAAGAUAUAAUCUGGGUCCACAAGAGACUGAGGAAUGAGCAAACGAGAGAGUCCACUGGAGCCACCUGGGAAAGGCGAGGCCACCUGGGCAAAUACUGCUUUACAAAUAUGAGAAGGGCCACCCUUUGUCUGCAAAGACUGUGUUUCCUGUGGCUGGAGUUGCCCAUCACCCUUGACAAAUGUAAACAGGUUAGAUCAGAGUCCAGGAGGUGAGAGCUGCCCUUGGUUGGCUCAUUCUAAUCAAACCCAAAUUACUUUAUCAUGUUUUAAAUGAGCCACUCUGUUUUAGGAGAAUGUGAUUCUAGGUUUGUAAAAAGAUUUAUCCAGUUUGUUUUGCAUAAAAAUCAUUUUCUGUUUAUGAUGUAUUGUGUGACUCCAUACAUUUCCCUGACCAUCUGCAUAGUAAUCACUCUUAAAUUUUACCCUUCUCAGAGCUGAUGAAGGUCGGUAUAGUCACAGCUAGCUUAUGUUAUAGUUUCUGAUAGCCUUAACUUCUGAACAAAGUUACUUUACUCAUAUGGAUGGAAAUUUAUAUAUAGAUCAAUAUGAAGACAUUUCUAAGCUGAAAUUUUGACUUGUUUUUAUUUGUAAUCAUUUUGAAGUAUUUUUAAAAACAAAUUUUAUUGUUC